UAAUUUGGUAUAUUUGUUUGGGGCCUACAUUUUUAACAUCAAGUCGAAUCUCAUUCAUCAACAUGUCAAACGGCAAUAAAGACUUCGAGUUAUUCUUCGAUCGACCAACUGAACCAGUGUUCGUAGCAAAAGGUGAUCGUAAAGCUGUAUUCGAUGUACCAUCAAACUAUCUUACCAAUCGUUAUAAACCACUUAGUGUUUCGCUCACAUCCCGGUUUGGUGAAGAUGCCGCUGAAAGAAUUCCAAUUAAAAAAAUCUCCUUGCCAAAUACCAGUGAAAUUGAAAAGUUUCCACGACGAGAACCAUUCACGGUGUUUAUUCCAUAUCAUCGAGAGUUAGCUGCUCAAUUAAUUAACAUUAUGAUAGGAAUGAAAAACACUGAUGAUUUAAAAUCUUUAUGUGCGUAUAUUCGAGAUCGAUGCAACCCAUUCUUGUUCAAUUAUGCCUUAAGUGUAGCCUUAUUACAUCGUGAAGAUACCCAAGGUGUGAAUAUUCCAAAUUUUAUGCAGUCAUUCCCAGAAAAAUAUUUAGACAGUGCCAUUUUUGCAAGAGCUCGAGAAGAAGCCACAGUUGUUCCAGAAGGUCAACGGGAACCAAUUGAACUUCCUCGAGAUUAUACUGCAAGCGAUUUAGAGCCGGAAAAUCGACUUUCCUACUUCCGUGAAGAUUUAGGUGUUAAUCUUCAUCAUUGGCAUUGGCAUUUAGUUUAUCCAUUCGAAGGACCCCGUAAUAUUGUGGCAAAGGAUCGUCGAGGUGAAUUAUUCUAUUAUAUGCAUCAACAAAUCAUUGCCCGAUACAAUGCUGAAAGAUUAUGCAAUAAACUUGCACGAGUUCAACGUUUAACAGAUUUAAAAAGUCCAUUACCUGAAGCGUAUUUCCCAAAAUUAGACAGUUUGGUUGCAAGUCGUGCAUGGCCAGCCAGACCUGCAAACACAGUAUUGCAAAAUUUAAGGCGCCCGGUCAAUCGAUUAGCCUUAGAUGUUGAUGAUUUAAUUCGUUGGCGCGAUCGUAUCUUUGAAGCUAUUAAUUCUGGUUUUGUUCGUUUGGAAAAUGGUGGUCAAAUGCAAUUAACUGAAGUUGAUGGACGUGAUGAAGGUAUUGACAUUUUGGGAAAUAUGAUUGAAGCAAGUCCCGUCCUAUCACCAAAUAUUCCAUACUAUGGAAAUAUUCAUAAUAGUGGCCAUAUGUUUAUAUCAUACAGUCAUGAUCCAGAUCAUCGUUAUUUAGAGACUUUUGGUGUUAUGGGUGAUUCAGCAACUGCGAUGCGUGAUCCAAUCUUCUACCGUUGGCAUGCAUUCAUUGACGACAUCUUCCAACAAUAUAAAUCAACUUUACCCCGAUACACAGUUCAGCAAUUGGAAUAUCAAGGUAUUACAAUUCCAUCUGUGGAAGUUCAAGUAUCUGGUGGGCCAAGUAAUGUUUUACAAACAUUCUGGCAACAGAGUGAUGUGGAUCUAUCACGUGGUAUGGACUUUACACCUCGUGGAGAGGUUAACGCUAGGUUUACUCAUCUUCAGCAUAGCGAGUUUACUUACCGAAUCCAAGUGGAUAAUGCCACUGGAAACCAAGUACGUGGAACAUGUCGUAUUUUCCUUGCACCAACUAACGAUGAACGAGGUGUUGCCAUUCCAUUUACUGAUCAUCGUAAAAUGUUUAUCGAAUUGGAUCGAUUUAUUGUAACAUUGGAUCCUGGCAGUAACGAUAUUCAACGACAAUCUAGUCAAUCUUCCGUUACUAUACCGUUUGAACGUACAUUCCGUAAUUUGGAUACAAGUCGUCCAGUAGGCGGUGAUGAAUUAGCACAAUUCAACUUCUGUGGUUGUGGAUGGCCUCAACAUAUGUUAAUACCAAAGGGUUCUCCAGAAGGUUUCCCAUGUAAAUUGUUUGUUAUGAUUUCAAACAUCCAAGCAGAUUUGCCAUUGGUAAAAAAUGUAGCAGAGGUCUGUAAGGAUGAAUGGAUGAGUGGAUGUGUGUGUGACUGUAAAUGUGGAUGCCAUGAAAGUGCUCCCAAACAGGUUGAACAAGAUACUUCAAGGCAAUGCAGUGAUUCCUCAAGCUAUUGUGGUAUUAAAGAUAGUUUGUAUCCGGAUAGACGUUCUAUGGGCUUCCCAUUCGAUCGAGAACCACGUAAUGGUGUAAACACAUUGAAUGAAUUCCUUACACCGAACAUGCACGUUCAAGAUGUUUCAAUUCGAUUCACUGAUCGCACGAUCGUACGUGGUGCCCGCUAAAUAUUCUGGAAACUUAUUGACGAUUUGGCAUGUUCGACUUGGAUGUGGACACUAUACUUGACACUUGACAAAUUUAUAUUAUUAUUAUUCUUAUUCUUAUUAUUAUAUAAUUUUUAA